AUGGAAUCAAAUGAUGACAAUGGAGAAUCGUACAAGAAGGAAUGUCGAAUAUGUUUCGAUUCGUCUGAUGGAAUUCAUUUUGGAAUAUACAGUUGCAGGGCAUGUGCAGCAUUUUUUCGCCGAACUGUAUCUAUGAAGCUGGAAUACAAGUGUAGAGGUGCUCAACAAUGUCCCAUUGAGAGAGCGCAAAGAAACAUGUGUAGGCAUUGCAGGUUUGAGAAAUGCUUACAAGAAGGCAUGAAAAUAGCAGCUGUUCAGAAUUUUCGCGACGGUAUUGGUAAACGAAAACUUUCCAAUACAGUUGAGGUGGAUGAACUCAAAAAACGUAGUAACGUCCAGAUCGCUAGCAUACCAUGUUCAUCAAUGACACAGGUGACAUCAUCGGAUGAUGUACCAAAGGCAUCAUCGUCUGAAAUCAGUUUGUCUGAGAAUAGUCGGAAUACAGUCGGCACUUUGAAAAUCUUACAGAAGAUGCACGAAGGCUACUUGCACUUCCUAACAAUACGUAAAGCGACAAAUGCGAUGCUCACUACGGAUAUCAGCAAUCUGGACAUAUUCGGACAUCAAAAAGAAUUGCAAGAAUCAAACUUCGAUGCUUGUAAGAAAGUUUGUCAAUGGGAAGCGAGACUGAUAAAUGACAUAAUUAAUACAUAUUUUCAUCCUUUUACAAAUUUAGGGAUUGAGGAGAAGAACGAGCUUUUUCGAAGCUUUUUCUGCUACUUCACACACACCGAUCCUGCUUAUCAAUCAUUCAAAAAAUUUGGCCAUGAAGAGGGAAACGAUAGGUUACUUAUGCCUGAUGGUGGUUACAUCAAAUGUAGUGAAUUGGAAAAGUUUUAUGUUAACUCAACAAUGGUCCAUGGGACACCUGAAGAAACGGCGAAAAUUUUCCGACCAGCAAUGCAAUAUAUGGUCAUUGUCAUAAUUGGUCAUAUGAAGAGAAUCCAUAUAACUGAAAUUGAAUAUGUUGCUCUGCUGGGGCUCUUUCUCUGGAACGAUGCGACUCUCUCGUUAUCAAUGGAGACAGUUGGAAUGAUUCACGAUACUCAAACAAUGAUACUUAAUGAUCUCCAUAACUAUUACAGAUCCCAAUUACUAACUGAAUCUGAAAUAACACGGAAGACUGGUGAACUAAUGCUCUUAUUACCCAAACUCACGAGAUCUGUGUUCAUGCUUCGAGAGAACUCGUAUCUUGGUGAGAUUUUCGAUUUGUUCGAAGCAGAUAUCUGUUGUAAGAACAUCAACUCCUAUGGAGCUGUUUAA